AUUUAACAGAGUCUCAUUAUGAUCCUAUAGUGUUCACCCGUUCGCUCACUUGCAUUCUCUUUUACAGAGAGAGAGAGGGAGAUAGAGUUUCUAGUAAGAAGAUUUUUCUUUUUUUUUUCUAAAGUAGCAUUUACUACAUUGAAAGAGAGAGAGAAAAAUGGCGAUUCCACCAAACGUCUUGGCUAAUGUCUUUGGCAUUCUAGGGGAUAUCAUCUCCUUUUUCGUCUGUCUUGCCCCAAUACCAACGUUCGUUCGUAUACACAAGAGGAAAUCUUCUGAAGGGUAUCAGUCGAUACCUUAUGUGAUUGCGCUAUUCAGUGCGAUGCUAUGGAUAUACUACGCAAUGAUAAGGAAGAAUGCAAUGAUCCUGAUCACUAUCAACACCUUUUCUUUCGUCAUACAGAUCUUCUACAUCUCCUUCUACCUCUUCUACGCUCCUAAGAAGGAAAAGACUCUAACGGUGAAGUUAGUCCUAUUUGUGGACGUGUUCGCGUUCGGCCUUAUCUUCUUCCUGACAUACUUUCUAGUGCAUGGCAACAAACGUAUUCAAGUCCUUGGAUAUAUUUGUAUGGUCUUUGCUCUAUGUGUUUUUGUUGCACCCCUUGGCAUCAUCAGGAAAGUGAUCAAAACGAAGAGUGCAGAGUUCAUGCCGUUCGGUCUCUCCUUCUUCCUCACCUUAUCGGCGGUCAUGUGGUUCUUCUACGGGCUCCUCCAAAAGGACAUGAACGUAGCCCUGCCAAAUGUUCUGGGUUUCGUCUUUGGAGUGCUUCAGAUGGUGCUUUACUUGAUAUACAAGAAACCUGGGACGAAGGUUUUGGAAGCACCAGGGAUUAAGCUUCAGGACAUAUCUGAGCAUGUCGUUGAUGUCGUGAGGCUUAGUUCGAUGGUUUGCUCCUCACAGAUGAGAACUUUGGUGCCACAGGACAGUGCCGACAUGGAAGCAACCAUUGACAUUGCUGAGAAGAUCAAAGGAGACAUUGAGAAAAUUAAGGAUGAUAAAGAAGUGUUUCUUAUUUCUAAGAAUUAAUUAGCCCCUGAACUAUCAAGUGUGUCGAUGUGUGUGUGUCUUAGCUGCUUGCGUGCUAAGUUAGGGUUUAAUUAAUGUUUAAUCUGCGUCUGAUCAACGUCCUGGUGCAUCUCUGUCUCCUAUGUCAUCUCUUUCUCUCUCUCAUCUCGAAUGUAAGAUAUAAGUCUUAAUUAAAUUAAAUAAAUUAAUAUUUCGUUUGUCUA